AUGCGCGCAGCAGCGUGCGUCCUGGACUGCUCAGUGGAGGAGGAAGAGGAGGAGGAAGACUACGAGGAGGAAGACGGGGUCGAGGAGGACGAGGAGGGUGAAGAUGGAGAGAAGGCAGAGGCUGAGGAAGUGCCGGGGCUUCGAGGGCAGGGGCUCGGACGGCAGGGGCGGCGGCUGCGCCGAAGGCGUCGGGGUCCCUCUGGGCCGGAGACUCCAGAGGGCGGAGGGGGCUCGGACAGCAGCGGCGGAGGGGGCUCGGCCCCGGCCCCGGGCCCCGAGGGCUCCCAGUCACCGCGGCCCCUGAAGCGCCGGCGGCCGCCCGAGGGCAGCGGCUGCGCUAAGCCCCGCCGGGCACGCACCGCCUUCACCUACGAGCAGCUAGUGGCCCUGGAGAACAAGUUCAGGGCCACGCGCUACCUGUCCGUCUGCGAGCGACUCAACCUGGCGCUGGCGCUCAGCCUCACCGAGACGCAGGUGAAGAUUUGGUUCCAGAACCGCCGCACCAAGUGGAAGAAACAGAACCCCGGCGCCGACGGGCCGGCCGCGCUGCCCGCCCCAGCGGGAGCCGCGGGAGCCCCGGGAGCCUCUGUCCAGGCGCCGGGCCGCAGCCCCAGCCCCCCGGGCCCCAGCGCCCUCCACUUCCAGACGUUCCCUCCCUAUUCCUCGGCCAACGUCCUCUUCCCGGCGGCCGCAUCCUUUCCCCUGACAGCGGCCGCGGCCGGGGGCCCCUUUGCCCCCUUCCUUGGCUCCACCUACAUGAGCCCUUUCUAUGCCCCACACCUCUAA